AUGUUUUCCACCCCAGCAAUCUUUCUCGCGUUCAUUUCUCUAGCAUCAGCUCACAGCCGAGUGACAAAUUUCGUAAUCGACGGUACAUCCUACCAAGGCUUCAACACACGAUCCUCAAACCCCGACAUCCUGGCGGCAUGGAGCACCACAGUCAAGAAUGACGGUUGGGUCAGCACGGAGAGCUACGGCAAACCUGACAUCGUCUGUCAUAUCAAUGCGACCAACGCUCAGGGCCAUGCACCUAUUGCUGCUGGCGACACCAUCGACUUUCAAUGGCAAGGUUGGCCCGAGUCACAUCACGGCCCCGUCAUCACGUACCUUGCUUUCUGUGGUAUUGACAGAGGGUCCUGCGAGUCCAUCGACAAGACAAAGUUGAGGUUUUUUGCGAUUGACAAGGUCGGACUGGUUGAUCCGAGUGCGAAUGCCACGAGUUUUGCGACGGCGUGGGGAAUUUGGGCGAGCGACAUCCUCAUCAGUAAUAAUGCGACCUGGGCGGUGCAAAUUCCGCCCAAGAUCCAACCGGGUUACUAUGUGCUUCGACAUGAGAUCAUUGCACUCCAUUUUGCUAGGUAUGCAGGGCAGGGCGCGCAGCACUAUCCCCAGUGUGUCAACAUUGAAGUUACUGGCGGCGGGAGCGACGAACCCGCUGGGACGUCGGCCGUGGAUUUGUAUCAAGCGGCGGAGAAUGGGUUGAUCUAUGACAUUUCUCAAUCGCCUACUGGGACGUACAAGAUCCCGGGGCCGACGAUGUACAGUGGCGCAACGGCUUUCGUCUCUCAGACUGGGGUGCUGGUCCGUUCAUCGACAACUGCGAUACCCGGCCGACCGAUCGCAACUCAGAGUUGA